AGACUGAUUAUUAGGGUUCGAAUCUCCGUAAAUGUAUAGUCCUUGAUAAAUCAAACUGGAAGCCGACUAGGGUUCGAACCUCCCGAAGCUAACAAAAAUUGGAAUUUACGAAGCAUUGCGAAGCAAGGAGAGUGGCAAUGGAAGAGCUUCCACAUCAAGCAGAAGCAUCCAUGGGCACUAGCUGCAAGAAGGGGAAGAAGAAAUCAGUGAGUCUGGAGGAACCGCAGAAAAGAGCUAAGAAGAAAGCCGGGGCUACUUCAGUCAACGAAGUGCAGCCUACAGGUCGUUUAGAUGACUCCCGGGUGAAGGUUUCAGAGUUUGAUCAUUGUGUUGAAAAUCAUUUUAGAGCCAUUGAUGCAAUUGCCGAGCUCUAUGGCGAGGCAGAAAAUGGCGAAGGCGGAGUUGAUGAAAGUGACUUUCAGCGGUUUUCAUCCUCCACAACUUUCUUAAGGGAAUGGAAGUUCUACAAUUAUGAGCCGAAAACCGUCAAGUUUACAAGCGAUUCGAGAGUUCCUGAGGGUAAGGAUGCUGAUAUCACGAUGGAAUUGCCACAGUUUUCUUCUGCGGCUGUUCUAAAGAAUGGAGCACCGCCCGGAGCCACUACAUCUCUGGACUUUAGAAACUUUAUCAUGCAUGUUGGUGGGCCUGUUUGGGCCAUAGAUUGGUGUCCUCUAGUUCAUGAAAGGACCGACUCCCUUAUCAAAUGUGAGUUUAUUGCUGUUUCUGCUCAUCCACCUGGCUCUUCUUAUCACACGAUGGGCAUCCCGCUCAGUGGAAGAGGUAUGGUGCAGAUAUGGUGCUUAGUGCAUGGCACCGAAAGCCAUGAAUCAGAAACGACCAGUGCAACAGAGUGCAAGGAUUCAGACUUAUCUCAACCAAAGAGGCCUAGAGGAAGACCCCCUGGGCGCAAGAAAAAUGGGGCGUCGGCCUUACCAUCUCAACCAAAGAGACCUAGAGGAAGGCCUAAAAAGAAACAAGAAGAACCUAAUGAUGAUAACAAGGUUGCCAGUUACCAACUUGUUCAGCCCCUUUCUGUUGAAUACCCAGAUGUUUCAUCCAACUUGCUUGAGAUUGAUGACGUCCCUCACAAUUCUGAAAAACCUGUAUCACUGGAAAACAGUGUUGAAAGAGGGAGCAGUACCAUUGAAGAAAUUUCUACGUGCAAUUCUGAAGAUGAAGUUCCUGUGCAGAAGAGAAGAGUGAGAAGAAAUGCUGAUACUAAGAAUCAUGUUGAUGAUGUGGGAACAUUAUCACUUAUAGAGAAUCGAGAAGAUGGAUUUAAUGCUACAAAUCAUGAGGCAAAUGAGAAUGUUACAAGUGAGUAUUCUGGAGAAGACACUCUAUUAUGUAAGAACAUUUCAGAGAAUGCUAUUUUAGACACUGGCUCAACUGGAUUUUCUAUUCCGGAGAGUGUUGCUUUGCCUAGACUAGUAUUGUGCUUAGCUCACAAUGGAAAGGUAGCGUGGGAUUUGAAAUGGAAGCCAACUAAUGCGCGUACUACCAAGUGCAAGCAAAGAAUGGGCUACCUUGCUGUCUUGCUGGGCAACGGAUCUCUAGAAGUUUGGGAGGUUCCUUUUCCCCAUGUAGUGAAGGCCAUCUAUUCUAAACUCAAUGGGGAAGGUACAGAUCCUCGCUUUGUGAGGUUGAAGCCUACUUUCAGAUGCUCGAUGUUGAGAAGUGCAGAUACACAGAGCAUCCCUCUGACAGUGGAAUGGUCGCCAACACCUCCUUAUGAUUAUCUACUCGCUGGAUGUCAUGAUGGAACGGUCGCCUUGUGGAAGUUUUCUGCAAAUAGUACCGCUGAAGAUACGAGGCCUUUACUUCGUUUUAGUGCCGACACAGUUCCAAUAAGAGCGGUUGCAUGGGCACCAAGUGAAAGUGAGCCCGAAAGUGAAAAUGUGAUACUAAUUGCUAGUCAUGGAGGCAUAAAAUUUUGGGACCUAAGAGAUCCUUUCCGUCCCUUGUGGGACCUUCAUCCGGCACCAAGGAUAAUAUAUAGUUUGGAUUGGCUUCCUAAUCCUAGAUGCGUUUUUUUAUCCUUUGAUGAUGGAACAUUGAGACUUCUCAGUUUGCUAAAGGCUGCAUAUGAUGUUCCAGUAACUGGUCAACCCUUCACAGCAAUAAAACAAAAAGGUUUACACACUUACUGUUGUUCACCAUUUGCUAUCUGGAGUAUUCAAGUGUCAAGGCAGACAGGCAUGGUUGCUUACUGCGGUGCUGACGGAGCUGUUGUCCGUUUCCAGCUUACUACGAAAGCAGUGGACAAAGAAAAUUCACGCAACCGCACCCCACAUUUUGUAUGCGAAUACUUAACCGAGGAGCAAUCAAUUAUUACAAUCCACUCUCCAGCAUCAGAUGUUCCAAUCCCUUUGAAAAAGCUAGCCAACAAAUCUGAACAGCCAUUGUCCAUGCGAGCUAUUCUAUCUGAUUCCAUGCAGCCAAAUGAAGGAAAUGACAAAAGUGCCACAACUUCAGCAUUGGAAAAUGAAUCAGCCCUUUGCUAUGAUGACGAUGUCGGCGUUGAAUCUGGGUCUGAGGAUACGCCGAUGUCUAUUCAGAAUAAAAACCAAACUCAAUCAAAGAGCAAGAAGAAGGGAGUGGUCAACCAAGAAUUGGAACAUAGCCAUGAGCCUAGUGAUUCACAGACAGAUGAUGACGUAGUGCCUGGUUCGGGGGAUCACUUCGAAAAUUUCCCCCCCAAAUCAGUUGCAUUGCAUAGACUGAGAUGGAACAUGAACAUUGGGAGUGAAAGAUGGUUGUGCUAUGGGGGAGCAGCUGGAAUUCUACGCUGUCAGGAGAUUGUGCUGUCUGCUCUCGAUAAGAAGUUGAUGGCGAAGAAAUGAACUUUACUAAAAAAAAUGGCUUUGCCAAAAUGUUUGUGCAGCUGAUUUUCAUGAGGCGACGCUUGCUCAAUUCACUGUACAGUCAAUUAGAUCAGAAACCAUGGUGCCUUCAUCCUUGAGGGGCCAAAUUAUGGGAGCAGCCAAAGGAAUCAGAGAGCAUGACCUUAGGAUAACUGAAGACCAUUAACUGUGGAAAUUAGAUGAAAGGAGUUCAAGAGCCGAAGCAGAUGAUUUGAUCUGGGUUUUGGGUUCAGUUGAAAAGGAACGGGAAAAGAAUUGUUGGAGGAACCUCAGCAGCCAUGAUUAGAUAAACUGUAUCUUUUAGCCAAUUGUGUAUUCUAAAAUUAGUGACUCAAAGCUCAUCUCCUUAGCUUACAGGAGGAGUUAUGAGACAGUUUGGCUACUAUCGGGCUCGAUUACCUGAGGAAGAGAUGGGGUUUGUUUUCAUCUAUGAACUUCCUUUUUCAUAUGCACAUUACCAAUGUAUUUCGUAAUGUUUUUUUUUUUU